AUGGACAACAUCACUCCCACGGGCACGACCAAAGAGCGUGGCGAGACACAUGGAGGAGAUGGCGGCUACCUACAGGAGAUAAGGAAGUUCGAGGCGUACGAGGCUGUUCCGUUGCCGCUGAUCCUGACGCACCUAAAAGCAGGCAGUGAUCGACCUUCGCGCAACUGCAUCUGCAAACCAGCAUCGGGCGCUCACCACAAACAACCCACUGUCCUCCUCAAACCAAAGGAGAAGUACACCAUCCUAAUUGACAUCGACAAUACCAUGAACGACUGGGACAGACAAUUCAGGCAAGCGGCACAUACAUACACUGACCCUGAGGAGCGGUUGCAUUAUUGCAUGGAAGAUAACUUGGUUGGUGAGUUACUGAAGUCUUUGCCGGACCAUUUUCGAGAACUAAAGGGGUUUUGGAAGUCCAUGCCAAUGGCUGAGGGUUGUCGUGACGCGGUGUUGGAGAUGAUGGAGUUAGGUUAUGAUGUGUACUUCUUGACGAAGCCAGACUCUAAAUACCUGGGACGAUCUUGUGAAGAGAAGGCCGAAUGGUUGGAACGACUUUUUGGAGCACAAUUUAAAUCCCACAUGAUUCCAUGCUGCGACAAGACACUUGUCAAGGGACACGUGCUAAUUGACGACAAUCCCACUACCAGCAAAGGCUCACGUAAUCCGGAAUGGACUCAGGUGUAUUAUUGCCAACCAUAUAAUGCCUCACAAGAAGGACUUCGACUUUGUGAAUGGAAAGACUGGAAAGAGGUACUACCCAUACCUGUCGCCGCCCUACCUGAACCAGCGAUGGACGCAUAA